UUGCGCCUUAAGUGUACAACUGUGUCAAUCCAAUCCGCUGCUUGCACUAAAAAUUGCAAGACAUUCAUGGGAAGUCUUAAAGUUUGCUAGAAAUUUUAUCGAAUCAUCAAAUAAAAUUGAUAAAAUUUCAAAUCAAAUAGAAAAUAUAAAUAAAGAAUUUAAAAAUUAUAUAAAUGAUGUACGUGAAACAUUAGACCAAAUCGAACAGGCUCUACAAAAUAUCAGUACCCAAAUACGCAAAGAGUUGAGAUGGCACGAAAUACGAGAACACAUAACAGAUAUAAACAACGCGUACGAGGACCUUAUCAAAUAUAAGAGUAAUGUUAAAUUUGAGGCAUUUACUAUUACUGAUUUUGCGAAAAAUGCAAUUAGUUUUCAACCUACAUCAAUUAAAUCUCGUCUUAAUUUUCUUCAUAGUUAUUUAAUAGAUAAGAAGGGUACAGUGUUUAUGUCAAAUAUUAAGGAUUUGUGGAAAGCUCAGGAGAGUUGGGAAUAUGUACAUCAAUACAGACAGUCAGAACAAUCAUUUUAUAAUGAUGUUAUCACAAUCAUGGCAUUUACUGAGACAAAAGCAGAGUUAAUUUUGAGAUUUUCUUAUGACUAUCUUCAAGUGAACGAAGCUACUAACUAUGCUCGAGAAAUUAACUACUUAUAUAUGGAAUCGAAGCAGAGAUUUUGUGAUUAUAAAAAAAUAUAUAAAGAAACACUGGCGAAUAAAGACCGAUUAUAUUGGUUUGACAACGGAAUAUACUAUAAAGAAGGACAGACAUACGAACAAAUCACAAGACUGAUUCAAGGUUUCGUUCAAAAUCAAGAAACUUUAACUAGCGGUUUAUGCAUAAAGUCAUGUAAUGCGUUGCAGGUUUCAAAAACAAAUAUUAACCCAAGUAAAUGCGAGAAAAGAAGUUGUAAGGGUAAAGUGAUAGAUUGUAAAUUUCUUGAUAGAUCUUUUCAUAUUUGUCCUUCGCCACAACAUUCUCUAAGGCGAUAUGACUUCAUAGAAUCUGAAAAUAAGAAUUUGGGAAAUUUGCGGACAUGUUCUCAAAAUAAAUGUUUCGUGGAAUCAUAUAAAAAAUGGUUUCUUAAGUGCGAUUACUGCAUAUGCCUCUGUGACGAAGCGGACAAAUUAUCGGACAGAUACUUUAGUUUACAUAAAAUUACUUCAGAUAUAUCACAGAAUAAAAUUGUUACUGGGAUUAAGAUUGUCAAAAAACACAAACUAAUCCAUUUGAUGAUAGAACAAGGAAUUUUAACCAGCAAUAUUACUGUAUUUAAUAAAACAUGGAAAGCUCUAGACGAGUUUAAAAUUACAGAUAGAAAGAUCCAUCCUCAAAAAGACUAUCAUACAUUAACUUUUGAUUCAAGGACAAUAGAUUUAGAUCACUUACAAACUGAUCCUGAAUGUGUAGUUACAGGAGUGGGAUUUACCUUAAUAGAUGGUCAUUUGAAACUACAAAUGCGUCAAACCAAAUUUAACAUUAUAACAGGCAAAUUAAAUAAGCAUUUUUCUAAAUGGAAAAUUAAUAAAAUACAAAGUUCUGAGUUGAAGCUUGAGUCACCUGAUAUUCCAAUAAAAGCGCCACGGAGACGAAAUAAAAUUAAAACUGAUGUCUACAUAAAAUUCACCAAUACAGAUUUACAAAAAGAUGUUGCACAAACUACAGUACCAUUUUUAGAUAGUCAACCGGUAACAACGUCAUCACCAAUACAAGGAGUCGGUUUGUAUCACAAAGGUGUCGAAGAAUUUGGAGGCUUUAUUGCACCUUUAAUCUAUACAUAUGAUUAUUCACUAUUAAUAAAGGAGUUUGAUGAUACAUGUCCAAAUUAAUAAUUGUAAUUUGGUUAGAAUAUUUAGUUUUUUUGAGAAUUGUCGAAAAAUAAAAGAUAUUGUAAUAAUAAACACAUGU